GUUCGUUUUCUUCUGCAUACUUUUUCCUUUAAAAAUGAUGUGAAAAUGACAAUUGAUGAAAUUUCACAACCGUCCAACAGUGAUGAAGGUGCCAGCCAACUAGAGCCAACUAUUCCACCGAGUUUUCCGUUCAUGUCUUCAAGCAAUCGCAUGAUCAACGAUUCAACGGUUCUACAAUACAAAUUCUUCCAAAUGGUUCAGCCCCAAACGUACGAUAGCAUUGAAAAUAGCUCGUACAUUCAAAGUAAUGAUGAUCAAAUCGGUAACGAUAGCUCAUAUAACUACUACGAUUGCGUUGCAACGGAUGGCAAUGUGUCGUAUUUAAAUGUUUCUUGCGAGACUAUCCUUAGCUACAGCAUCCCCCUCUAUGGGUACUGCAUUCCGGCCUUAUUACUCAUAACGUUAACGGCCAACUCGUUGAUAGUGAUAGUUUUGAGCAAACGGAGCAUGGCCUCGCCAACCAAUUUUGUGUUGAUGGCCAUGGCGCUGUGUGAUCUGUUUACAGUACUCUUUCCGGCCCCAGGACUUUUAUACAUGUACACAUUUGGAAACCAUUAUAAACCGUUAUCCCCUCCAUUAGCUUGUUAUAUAUGGAAUGCAUUAAAUGAGAUUCUUCCUGCAAUGUGCCAUACCGCAUCAGUAUGGUUAACUUUAGCCUUAGCCGUCCAAAGAUAUAUAUACGUCUGCCAUGCUCCAACGGCUCGAACCUGGUGCACGAUCCCUAGAGUAAAAAGUGCAAUUGCAUACAUCUGCAUAGCUGCUUUCUUACACCAAAGUACGAGGUUUUUCGACAAAUCGUAUUCGCUCAUAACGAUAGAGUGGAACGGAAACAUCGUUGAUGUUUGUCACAUCGAAACAGCGGAGUGGGUGCAUGAAUACAUAAGUGAAGACUUCUAUUAUACAUUUUAUUUUUCUUUCCGGAUAUUAUUCGUCCAUCUGGCACCUUGUGCAAGUCUAGUAGGGUUGAAUGUGCUUCUUUUUAGAGCUAUGAAACAGGCCCAGAGGACACGCGACCGGCUCUUUAAGGAUAACAAAAAAAGGGAGAGUAAACGUUUGCGUGACUCAAAUUGUACCACGCUGAUGCUUAUAGUCGUGGUCACUGUGUUUCUGAUUGUAGAAAUACCCCUCGGAGUUAUAACGGCGCUGCACAUCUUGUCUUCGUUGAUCUAUGAAUUUCUGGAUUACUAUAUUGCGAACCUAUUCAUACUAUUUGCCAAUUUCUUUCUGAUAGUGAGCUAUCCAAUCAAUUUUGCCAUUUACUGCGGAAUGUCCCGACAGUUUCGAGAGACAUUUAAAGAAAUAUUCAUCAAAUCAGGCAAACAAAUCGGUUCAAAGAAAGAGUGUGGUUCUUCCAAGUAUUCAUUCGUCAAUCAAAGAACAUUUACAAACGAGACAGUUCUAUAACGAUGUAACAAUAAACAAGUAUCCUUAUUUGUCCACCAAUUGUAGCAAUAAAAUCUUUUUGAAAUAAAAUAGUUUCCUAUUUACCUGCAUUAUGUGUUUCCUCCGUUCGCAGCAUACGUUGACCAUUUGCAGUAACUAUUCAUUCUGCCUGCUGAAGAAUGUCAUCGUCAGGGAAUAACACGCUGGAGCCUGUUGGGUCUACGGAUGGGAUGCUUUUUUUUGUUUGAUUUUUUGAAACGUCUUGUUUUAUUGCCCAUUUCCUUUUUGCAACUUCGGCAUCAUCACUCACUUUGCCGAUCAUGCCGAUAUUUGGCAUGUAUUUGCAAACGGCGUUGACAGUAAAACAACAAUUCUUCAGGCAGUUUUGUUAAAUUGAUCAUUUAAAAAUGCAAGGUAGAGAACAGUGAUAUUUCAAGGG